UAGGGAUUAGGUAGUGACUCUUGCUGUUACUAGCGCGUGAACGGUGAGCAAAAAGGACUAAAUCAGAUCGGCAACAAUGGUGAAAUGUAGCAGGUGUUGCUUACAUCGCUCAAUGAAGAUGGUCAACCUGGCUGUCAUCUUAUUUGGGGUUGCCAUCAUUGUUUACUCUCUUUGGUUGUUAAAGAGAUGGAAGGAAGGAGUUAGAGAAAUUAGUUCUGAAACCACUAUUCCUACACCAUGGUUCAUCUACACAUGUUUGGGUGAAGGAAUUGUUGUGUGUUUGAGCAUGCUCUCUGGCCACAUGGUUGCUAACUGUAUCAGUUCUUAUACUCUCUUCACUUAUUUAGCAUCUGUUUGCUCCAUUCUUUGCCUUCAAACUCUGGCAUUUAUUUCUAUUUUCUACAAGAUGGAUUGGAAAGAUAAAAUCUCCAAAUACAUUGAUUUGCAAGAUGAGAAAUUUGGCAACUUCCUGAGAAUCAACUUAAGUGUGUCUCGUUUGCUCUUGAUCAUGAUCUUAGCUGCACAGAUCAAUGCUGUCAUAGUUGCAUUCAUUCUAUGGGCCACUGGAGCAGAACCAAGGAGUCAUUGUCGCAGUUUCGGCACACCUGAAUUUAAUCAAUCCUUUCUGGUGAUACCUGACUCUCCGGUUCAACUUAAUGGAGGGAGUUCACUUGGAAGGAAUUUUGAAGCUUAGAAAUGAGGGAGGCCAAGACUAAGUCUUCCACUAACUAUCUACUUUGGUACAAAGAAAAGCCUCACUUAAA